AUGGCGUCUUCUACUGCGCAUGCUCCUAAACUCCCUCCUAUCGCCUCUCUUCCAACUGCACCCAUUAAGACCAUAAUCGGCGCCCUCGACACCCUAUUCGAGCCGUCAACAGAACUCCAUACGCUCGCCCUUCCCGCUAUUCAAUCCGCCCUGCCGAGCGCCUUGCUGUCAUCGUACGAGGCGCUCAUCAGACAUAUCGGUGCUCUGCUCUACCAGCUGUGCGACUCGACCACUCCUGAGGCUCGGAAGAAACUUCACGGCAUUCUGGGCUCCCACCCCCGACUCGGCGCCAAGAAAGUCGAUUCUGCACAGUCGCAGGCUGAACAGGCUCAGCUCAACACCGGCGACGCGGAAGAAGCCGAGAAACUGAAUUACUUGAACGAGGAGUACGAGGUCAAGUUCCCUGGGCUGCGGUACGUGGUUUUUGUCAACGGACGGGACCGGGCCAUCAUCAUGGACGAUAUGCAUCGGCGCAUCGACCGAGGGGAUGCCAAGGAGGAAGAGAGAGAAGCCAUCACGGCCAUGGUUGACAUAGCGCUGGAUCGUACCAAGAAACUCGAAGCUGCCGGUUGA